ACUGCGCUUGCGCAAGAGCUGUACCACACAAAAAGACAAGAUGGAAGUGUUUGUCUGUACUCCGACUUUAUGGCGUUCUACCUGCGUGUUUCCACAUGGUUCUGUGGUCAGAGACGCGGUGAACCGGUUCGUUCCGCAGCAGGAUUUUUACGUCACCACAAACGGCCGCCUGGCUCACCUGGAUGAUCCUCUGCAGAAUGGCGCCAUCUACCACCUGGAGCCCCGCCUUUGUGGAGGGAAAGGAGGUUUUGGAUCGAUGCUGAGAGCGCUGGGUGCUCAGAUCGAGAAGACCACCAACCGAGAGGCCUGCAGAGAUCUGAGCGGCCGACGCCUCCGAGACGUCAACCAUGAGAAAGAGAUGGCCGAGUGGCUGAAGAAGCAGGCGGAGCGCGAAGCCGAAAAGGAGCAGCGGCGUCUGGAGCGGCUGCAGAGGAAGCUGGCUGAACCCAAACACCAGUUCACCGACCCAGAAUACCAGCGGCAGUGCCACGACCUGAGCGAGAGGCUGGAAGACUCUGUGCUCAAAGGUCUGCAGGUGUCCUCCAGCUCUCAGGUGAAGGUCAGCGAUGACUCCACCCCCAAGAGGAGGAGCACUAAUCUGAGUAAACAGCCACAGAAGAAGAAGAAAAAGACAGUGGCUGGUCUCUGGUCAGGACUGGACGGGCUGGAAGAGUUUUCGAGUUCAGAGGAUGGAGAUGAUGAUGAUGAUGGGUUUCCAUGUACGUCCUCACUUGGCGACCGAGAAGGUGCCGUUACCAUGACAACAUCAAUAAAGAAAGCAGAGCCUGAAGUCUGUAGCAGCUCAUCAGACCGCAGCUCUGCUUCAGUUGAACUAGAGCCCGGGCCCCCAGGAGAGCAGAGACCAGAAGACCAGAGACCCGGGCCUUCAGGAGAGCAGAGACCCGGGCCCUCAGGAGAGCAGAGACCCGGGCCCUCAGGAGAGCAGAGACCAGAAGACCAGAGACCCGGGCCCUCAGGAGAGCAGAGACCAGAAGACCAGAGACCCGGGCCCUCAGGAGAGCAGAGACCAGAAGACCAGAGACCCGGGCCCUCAGGAGAGCAGAGACCCGGGCCCUCAGGAGAGCAGAGACCCGGGCCCUCAGGAGAGCAGAGACCCGGGCCCUCAGGAGAGCAGAGACCAGAAGACCAGAGACCCGGGCCCUCAGGAGAGCAGAGACCAGAAGACCAGAGACCCGGGCCCUCAGGAGAGCAGAGACCAGAAGACCAGAGACCCGGGCCCUCAGGAGACCAGAGGCCUCCAGAAACUUCAGAGUCCAGGUGUCUGUCUCAUAAGCUGGACCUGUCUUCUGUGACGUCCGUCCAGCAGCUAGAGUCUCUAGGUCUGGACGUUCUGAAGGAGGAACUCUCGUCUCGGGGGUUGAAGUGCGGGGGAACGCUGCCAGAGCGCGCUGCUCGACUCUUCUCCAUCAGAGGCUUGUCUCCGAGUCAGAUCAAUCCGGUUCUGCUCGCCAAACCCGCCAAAGCCAAACCGAAGUGAAGGAGCAUCUUUCAGGCUGUCGGACUCAAAAACUGGUUCCAGCCAGGAGGACAGGAUGUUCUGCUGUGGGACUUCCUGUCCAGCUGUUACAGAUGAAAGGAUCUGAUCUUUUAUUUAGUUUUAUUUUAUUAAAGUCUUUCUGAAACAA